AACCGGAGCGGCUCCGGCGCCGGCGACCACGACGCGUCUUCCACUGCGCAGACCUAAUCUUACCUCAACGCCGGCGGCCUGGGUCCUCGGCGUUCGGAGGAGACCGGAGUGCGAAGACGCAGCGUCCGGCGGGGCGGGGCGAGCCGUGGGCGAUUCAGGCUCCACUUCGGUUGCCCAAUUGUUAAAUCAUUCACAUCCAAGCUUGGCAUGCAAUCGUAAUCCGCUGAAGUUGAUGAUCGUAUCCAAACAUGCUGGAGGAGACGCUGCAGGGUGCGGAUUUAGCUGUUCAUGCUGCUAGGCAUUUUCAAAGGCAGGCCUCACCCGACUUCUGCCGUCUGCUGGUGGAUUUACCCAUGGAUAGCUUCAGUCAUGCACAAACACAGCCAUCUCCUCUGGGAAGGGAUAUGAUGGCAAAGAGGAAGGUCCGUCCCAUCACCGCAUUAUCAGCGACUGUAUGCAUGACAUCUUGGGAGUUCAAUCAGAAAAUCAUGGUAUGAAGAAUGGAAAAAUACAAUUUGUUAACUCAAGCAGUAAUCCAGCACAAAUUUUACCCAAUACCAUUGAUUCCCACGAUAUCUCCGCUUGCCCUUUCAUGAAUAAACACUCAAAGGGAAACAAGUUUAUGCUACUUGUGGAGUUGCAUAGGAGAGGAAUAAGUGCGGAUGUAUCUAUUUUAACAUCUGCCGUGAGUUUUUGUGCUGUUAAGCAAUCCAUUAGGGGAGGUGCUCAGCUCCAUGCCCUACUGAUGAAAGUUGGCUGUGACUUGUCUGUCUUUUCUGGUACCUCUCUGAUCAGCUUAUAUGCAAGGUGUUGUCAAUUGGAGAAUGCUUAUCAUAUUUUUCAGAGCAUGCCAGUUAAAAAUACUGUGUCGUGGACAGCACUCAUUUCUGGUUAUGCCCAGGAUAAUCAGAUCGAGCCAUGCCUCCAGGUAUUUCAGUUGAUGAGGCAGUCAGCAUGCAGUCCUAAUGACGUCACAUUUGCCACUAUCUUCAGUGUGUGCACUAACCACGCACUUCUGGCACUUGGUAGAAGUGUUCAUGGUUUAGAACUGAGAAUGGGUUUUGAUUUGUGUGUGCAUGUCUCGAAUGCACUCAUAUCAAUGUAUGCAAAGUGUGGGAGUAUAGAUGAGGCCCAAUCCAUAUUUCAGAGGAUUGCUUGCAAGGACCUGGUUUCUUGGAAUUCCAUGAUCUUUGGAUAUUCACAGUAUGGCCUUGCUGAGUGUUGCCUAAGCUUGCUAAAAGAGAUGUAGGCGGAGCACAUAGUGCCAGAUGUAAUCUCUUUCCUUGGCAUCCUCUCAUCGUGCCGGCAUGCAUGCCUUGUAGAAGAAGGCCGGCUCUGUUUCAAGGCGAUGAUCCAACUUCGAAUAAAACCUGAGCUAGAUCACUACUCGUGUAUGGUAGACCUCCUCGGCCGGGCAGGAUUGCUUGAUGAAGCAUGGAAUUUGAUCCAGGCAAUGUCCAUGUCCCCCAAUGCAGUCAUAUGGGGUUCUCUGCUGGCUGCCUGUAGGAUGCAUGGAAACAUUCCGAUUGGCAUCCAUGCUGCGGAACACCGCCUUAAGCUGGAGCCAGGUUGUGCUGCAACUCAUAUACAGCUAGCAAAUCUAUACGCCAGCAUUGAUUGCUGGAGUGAUGUGGCCAGAGUGAGGAAGAUGAUGAAGGAGAAAGGACUGAAGACGAACACCGGUUGCAGCUGGAUAGAAAUUGGUAGUAAGGUUUAUUCUUUCACUGCAGAAAACAGAUCAAAGAACCACAAAGUAAACAAUGUGUUGGCUGCUCUUGACUGCCUACAUUCUCAUAUGGUAUACAAGUACGAUGUGCUGAUGGAUGGUCUUGAGCUUGAUGACUCUCAACAUUUCAAGUAAGUUUGAACACUGAAUAAAUGUUGGUAGAUCAUACAUCGCCUAAGUGAUUUUGACAUGAAGAUUGAAGUCAAUUUUAUAGCAAAGAUAUGAAUCACACCUCUAUCUGAGAGAUGAUUCUGCCUCAAAGAGCUCAUUAUGGUGUUGGAUAUCAGUGUAGCCUUUCUUUCGUUUUUAGGAACUCAGUGUAACCUUUCUUAUACACACUCAAACUUGAAUCAUAUAUGACUAGAUAGGGUCCAAAGGUUGUUUACUCCUGCUGCUAUCUUUGCUGUUAUCUUAAUUACAUUCUUAUGGAUCAUGAUUUGAAUGGUUUGUAUGAGAAGUAAUAAUAAACAAUUGGUUAACCAUUAUAUUUUACUUAUAUUUCCUACAAA